ACCAAAACCACACACAUUCACAAACACAAACACAAACUUUAAUUUUGAGGUUUUUUGGAGGAAGAAUGACCUCAGUUCCCAUAGUAAUUAAUCCCAAACCAAACCGCCAUUAACGACCACAAUUGAAGCUUCUGAAAUUCAAUCAAUCAAACAAUCAAUCAAUGGCUGUUUUCGGUGGCGCCUCUGUUUCGUUUCUCUCUCCUCAUUUUGGGAGCAAUGAUAAUAAUACCAGCACAUCGCAGAAUGGGUUCAUCGUCGCAAACCCUACAAGUUCAACACCAUUGAAUUUUCGUUCCCUUUGCACUUAUUCCAACAAGCGUCCCCCUUUCUUGAGUGCCGCUAAAGUAUCGGUAUCUAAUGGCAGCACCACCACCACCGCAACUGAUGAUGGCCUCGAUCAGUCUCUCGAUGAUGUUCGACUAGCCCGGAGGUCUGCGGAUUGGAAAGCAGCAAAGGCGCAUAAGGAGAAGGGAGUAUUCUAUGAAGGAAAAAUAGAAGGAUUCAACGGUGGUGGAUUGCUCAUCAAAUUUUAUUCUCUCCUUGGAUUUCUUCCCUUCCCACAGUUGAGCCCUUAUCAUUCAUGCAAAGAACCUCACAAGACAAUCCAAGAGAUUGCAAAAGCUCUGAUUGGUUCUAAUAUUUCUGUGAAGGUGAUCGAAGCUGACGAGGAAAACAGGAAGUUGAUAUUCUCAGAAAAGGAAGUCAGCUGGUCAAAGUUUUCUCCUCAACUAAAUGUCGGAGACAUUUUCGAGGGUAGAGUAGGAUCUGUAGAGGAUUAUGGUGCCUUUGUUCAUCUUCGCUUCCCAGACGGUUAUUAUCACCUCACUGGACUAGUCCAUGUUUCGGAAGUUUCAUGGGAUUUAGUACAAGAUGUUCGAGACAUCCUAUCCGAGGGUGAUAAAGUGCGAGUCAAAGUUGUUAAAAUAUAUAGGGAAAAGUCAAGGAUUACGUUGUCGAUAAAGCAACUGGAGGAGGACCCUCUAUUACAAACGUUAGACAAAGUUAUCCCUCAGGGUGUCUCCGUAGAAGACCCUGAUGUGUUGACUGCAAGUGAUAGUUUGACUAUAGAACCUCUUCCCGGGCUCGACGUAAUUAUUGAAGAGCUAUCAAAGGAGGAUGGCAUAAAUGAUGUGAGAAUUAGUCGGCAAGGAUUCGAGAAAAGGGUGGUUUCCCAAGAUUUGCAGCUUUGGCUUUCUAAUGCACCACCUAUUGGAGAUCAAUACACUCUUCUUGCACGAGCUGGACGACAGGUACAAGAAAUACAACUGAUAACUUCACUGGAUCAAGAUGGAAUCAAAAAGGCAUUGCAGCAUGUUUUAGAACGUGUUCCGUAAAUCUCUGUUAUUGCUAUCGAAGCCUAAAAGAAAGGGAGAAUUCUGUGAUUGGUGAUGACCAAUUUUCCAUGUCAUAUGCAGUAUUUAUUGUACGUCAGAUAACAUAAUCAAGUGACACACAUGUAUAUAGUUUUACCAUUUUUUACGUCGAGGAAUUUUGGGAAUUUCCAUGCCCAAUUUUUUUUUGGGAAAAAAAAUGGUCAGAUAACUAA